AUGGACCCCUCGUUUGUUCAACUGCUGCUCGAUAUAAAAUGUGAAUUAAGGGACUCUUCAUCAAGGCUAUCGCGUUUGAAGCUGUAUAAUUCCUCAAAGUGGUCUGCCGAAGCCCUCUGUGGGAUGUGUGAAUUCCCUAUGCCCUCCGAUACGAGCAACUUACUGAAAAUUGAUGAAUCUCCCCUACGUAGUAGGGGCCAAGCCAGCGCUUUCACUGAAGGGCAAUCAAAGGAAACAACCGGCGGACAGGAAGACGCGCCGAUGGAAAGUAAGGAGUACGAUUUGUUCCUCCUUGCAUCGACUUUAUUUGAUUGUAAAGAAUUCGAUAGAUGUGCAUACUUUUUAGCCGAUGCAAAACACCCUGAACUCAAGUUUCUCAAGCUCUACAGCAAGUAUUUAUCAUGGGAUAAAAAGACGCAAGAAAGCAUGGAGAGCAUGCUAACAUCAGGAAGCUCAAACAACAGUAGUAAUGGCAGAGCUGGUACAAAGGCUGGUAGUGGCAGCAGGGAUACUCUUGACAUGCUGCGAAACCAAGACCCUCGAAAGAGUAAUCCUUCGAAGAAAUUCCAAAAAUCGAGUGACCUCGACCAUGGCGAGUCCACAAGCAUUCCUGCAAUAUUGAAGGAGCUCAACGAAUACUUACCACCGGAGAGCGACCUUGAGGGCAGUGGUAUUGGUAUGUCUUUGCUGUAUUAUCUUCGAGGUUUACUUUAUAAGCUGCAAGAUAUACCAUCGAAUGCUAUCAGUUCUUUUCUCAGCGCUAUCUCCAUAUACCCAUAUAAUUGGGCGUGCUGGAAUGAACUCUUAAGCUGUUUAUCUCGCCCAGAUGAAUCGCUACUCCUACUAAAGAUACUUAAUGACAAGUUUACGAGCGAGAAAUACCAGAUUAUGCUAAAGUUCUUCAAACUUUCCUUAUUCCAGGAAUUCAAUGGCAACAUUGACGAUUUUAUCCAAGAACUCGAUUUCCUAUUAUCAAUCUUCCCAAACUUUGCGUUUUUAAAGACGCAGCAUGCCUUAGUAAAUUACCAUUACAUGGAUUAUGUGAAUGCCGGGUUCAUUUUUGACCAAAUCAUCAAGCUAGAUCCGUAUCGCCUGGAAGACAUGGACACUUAUUCUAACAUACUUUACGUGAUGCAAAAACCUUCCAAGCUGGCGUACCUUGCACAGUUUGCUUCCGGAGUAGAUAGAUUCCGAGCUGAGACUUGUUGUAUUGUUGCCAAUUAUUAUAGUGCUAAGCAGGAACACGAGAAGUCAAUAAUGUACUUUAGAAGAGCACUGACACUGAACAAGAACUGUACUAGCGCUUGGACGCUAAUGGGGCACGAGUUUGUAGAGCUGAAGAAUUCACACGCUGCCAUCGAGUGUUACAGACGAGCUGUCGACAUCAAUUCACGAGACUUCAAAGCUUGGUAUGGCCUAGGCCAAGCCUACGAGGUACUGGACAUGCAUUUGUACUCGCUUUACUACUUUCAACGCUCUUGUGCCCUAAAGCCGCUAGACAAGAGAAUGUGGCAGGCACUUGCGAGCUGCUACGAAAAGGUUGACAAUGUGGACGAAUCAAUCAAGUGCUACACAAGAGCACUUCAGCUCUCUUUCAACGCUGAUUUGGACACUGUAAUCUUGUACAGGCUGGCCCUCCUGCAUGGAAAGCUGCACGACAUCGAAAGUUGUAAAUCUUAUAUGGCCAAGUGCGUCACUACAAAUGAGAGCGCCGAUGGUUUGAUAAGUGACGAAAUUACCAAAGCCAGCCUCUGGCUCGCUAAGCAUGAAGCUAGGAACAAAAAUUUUUCUGAAGCUUACAAGUAUGCACUCGGUGUUACACAUGGAACCUCUCAGGAAAUAGAAGAGGCCCGCGCAAUAGCACGCGAGUGCCGGAAACGGAUGGAUUGA